AAAGACAGCCCAUUGGAAGAACCCUAAAACCCAAAAUCUGUAAAAACCCUGAAUUUGAUUAGAUCAAAAUCCAAGCAAAAAUGUUCUCUUUCGCUCCUCAAUUCUUUCAAUCUCUUCGGUACAAUGCCUUCGCUACUUCUCGCCUCUUGUCUCUCCUCCUGUCUUCCUCCUCCGAACUUCAGAAUGGGAGUGGAACUGCAGUCAUGUGUACUGGGAGGCGUGCCCGCUAUCUGUCUUCUGCAGUUGAGGUCCCAGAAUUUCAUUGUGAUGAACUCCAUGAUGAUACCAAAGCUACGGAGAAAGAUACUGCUUUGCGCUUAGCUCUCUCACGGCUCGCAGGUGAUUUUGGGAAAGAGUCUAUGUUGUCUUUACAGCGCUUCUUUGGUGCACGACGUACCCCCGUAAUAUCUACUGGCUCAUUGAAGCUUGAUUUAGCACUUGGGAUUGGAGGAUUACCAAAGGGAAGAAUCAUUGAAAUUUAUGGGCAAGAGGCAUCAGGGAAGACGACACUGGCCCUUCAUAUAAUCAAGGAAGCUCAAAAUCUUGGAGGUUGUUGUGCAUAUCUUGAUGUGGAGAAUGCUAUGAACCCUUCUCUUGCUGAAUCAAUCGGUAUAAACACAGAAAAUCUCCUUAUCUCACAGCCUGAUUCUGCUGAAAAUUUGUUAAGUGUGGUUGAUACUCUGACAAGAAGUGGAUCUAUAGAUGUAAUUGUGGUUGACAGCGUAGCUGCUCUCGUUCCCCAACUUGAAAUUGAUGCUCUUAUAGGUGCGUCCAAUGAAGACUUGCAAUCACAAAUAAUGAACCGAGCACUACGAAAAAUUCAUAGUUCAUUGUGCAACUCUGAGACACUUAUUAUUUUUGUUAAUCAGGUUGGAGUCUAUUCACUAAAACACUUCAUGUCUUUUCUUCUGGGACAACUACCAUUUGCUAUUAGCUUGUCUAUCUGUCAUCCAGGUGCGAGCAAAUUUAAGAUCAGGGCAAGGAUUUGGACAUGCAGAUGAGGUAACUUGUGGUGGAAAUGCUUUGCGAUUUUAUGCUGCUGUGCGAUUGAAAAUAGUUAGAAAAGGAUUGCUCAGGACUAACGAUAAGAUUACUGGUCUCGAGAUUUGUGUGCAAGUAGUGAAAAAUAAACUAGCACCUGCAAUGAAGAAAGCUGAACUAGGGAUACAUUUUGGUAGAGGCAUUUGCUGUGAAUCCGAGGUCUUGGAAUUGGCUUGUGGACAUGGAAUAGUUUUGAAAGAAGGAAGCAGCUACUUCAUAGAAGGGGAAGUUUUGAAUAGUAAACAGGAAGCAGAAAGUUAUCUGGCUGCAAACAAUGUGGUUUUGGAUAAGAUAGUCACAAGCUUGAGAAGUCAGUUGUUUGAGAGAGAAAAAUAAUCCUGAAAUCCUUGAUUUGAUGAGCUUUUCUGGAAGCCUAGUAACUCAAAAAAGGAGGGAGUGGUGGAUAUGCACCAUUUUGUAAUGUGGUCCUACCCAAGAUCUUUGUGAAUGAAAAUGUAUUUCUCAGGCAGCUGCACUCCUGUAUUGAGCAUCUGCCACAGUUGAAAGAUAACAUCUCCAGUUUACUACUUGGUCAUUCAUCUAUUUUCAAACUGUCUUCGGCUAGUCAUACUUCGGAGGGUUUGCUAUCCUUUGGUCAGAACAUCCUUGACAGAGCUGAUCGACAAUUGUGUUCUUGCACUGAGGGAUGAAAGGGUGGCACACUUUCAGCCCUGAAAAGCUGUAUGGAAUUCCCAAACUGUAUCGUCCUUGUAGAAACGACAUGAUUCUCCCUUUGUAUCAUGAUAUCGUGAUAUGACUGGUUGCCAGGCAAGUAUGACCAGAUUGGUAAUGAGGUACAACUUGAGUGGAUAUGGCUAUUCAGGAAGUGGCAACAUUCCGAUUUCUCUGUUCUUUUAAUAUUUCUUAAACUGCUUAUUAGUUAUGCAUUCCAUUUUCUAAAUUGUAUCAUUGUACGAGUCAUUAGACAUCACUGUACCAGUUAACAUGAGUUCUUAAUUGGAUAAGGAAUUUAGUGAAGCA